CAGAUUUUUGUUCAAGCCACUUAGUACAAGCAAAUAGUAAGAACUUGACUUUGUUUUCUAGCCAAAUUGAAGCUCUAGGGUGAGAUUCUUUCCACCCCUAAGGUGUCUAUUAGUUUUCUUCUGAAAUUCUUUCUAGCCCUGAGGGCCCUAACUGAUCUCGGGUAUCCCUGAGGGACCAGGAGAAGGAGUCCCAGCAGUGGUUAUUGUACUGUUAAUGGAGAAUCUUGUUAUAAGGCCAGGGAAGGAUGGGAGGAAGGCACAGGGCAAGAGGGGUGAAAUGGAGGCUCUUGGGUGAGGUUCUGCUAUCUCCUGAAGCCUGUGGGGCUUGGAUAGGGAGAGAACUAUGGAGAGGAAGAAGGCCCCCAGCUCCUCCUCUUGCUUCCUACAGCGAGAACACGAUGAAAAGACAAGUGCAGUGAAGGAAGAGCUGAAAUACUGGCAGAAGCUGCGGCAUGACUUGGAGCGGGCGCGGCUGCUAGUUGAGCUGAUUCGGAAGAGAGAAAAGCUCAAGCGGGAGCAGGUCAAGGUCCAGCAAGCUGCCAUGGAGUUGGAGCUGAUGCCAUUCAAUGUGCUGCUGAGGACCACACUGGACUUGCUGCAGGAAAAGGAUCCUGCACACAUCUUUGCCGAACCUGUCAACCUGAGUGAGGUUCCAGAUUACCUGGAAUUCAUAUCCAAGCCAAUGGAUUUUUCUACUAUGAGGCGGAAGCUGGAGUCCCACCUGUACCGCACCUUGGAGGAGUUUGAGGAGGACUUUAACCUUAUAGUUACCAACUGCAUGAAGUAUAAUGCUAAAGACACAAUUUUCCACCGAGCAGCUGUCCGCCUGCGGGACCUGGGAGGGGCCAUUCUGCGGCAUGCCCGUCGGCAGGCAGAGAACAUCGGCUAUGACCCCGAGAGGGGCACCCAUCUGCCUGAAUCACCCAAAUUGGAAGACUUUUACCGCUUCUCCUGGGAAGAUGUGGACAACAUCCUCGUCCCGGAGAACCGGGCCCAUUUGUCUCCAGAGGUGCAGCUGAAGGAGCUGCUGGAGAAACUGGAUCUGGUGAGUGCCAUGCGGUCCAGUGGGGCCCGCACCCGCCGUGUCCGCCUGCUGCGCCGGGAGAUCAAUGCCCUUCGGCAGAAGCUGGCACAACCACCACCACCACCACAGCUGCCAUCAUUGAACAAGACAAUGUCCAAUGGGGAGCUAUCAGCAGGGCCCCCGGGGGAUACAGCUGUGUUGGAGCAGGCCCUGCAAGAGGAGCCAGAAGAUGAUGGGGACAGAGAUGACUCCAAACUGCCUCCCCCACCAACCCUGGAGCCUACUGGGCCUGCACCUUCCUUGUCUGAGCAAGAAUCUCCCCCAGAUCCCCCUACUCUGAAACCCAUCAAUGAUAGUAAACCUCCAAGCCGAUUCCCAAAGCCCAAAAAGGUGGAAGAAGAUGAGCUCUUGGAAAAAUCAUCUCUACAGCUAGGGAGUGAGCCCUUGCAUCACUUGCUCAGUGACAAUGGCAUCAACAGACUGUCUGUCAUGGCUCCUGACACCCCUACUGGUGCCUCUCUAAGUGGCGUGGGUCGCCGCACAUCAGUCCUCUUCAAGAAGGCCAAGAAUGGGGCUAAGUUACAGAGGAGCCCAGACCGGGCUCCAGAGAAUGGCGAGGACCAUGGUAUGGUGGGCUCUCCUGACUCUCCAGCCAGCAUUGAAGAGGAGCACCAUUCCCGGAAGCGGCCAAGGAGCAGGAGCUGUAGUGAAAGCGAAGGGGAGAGGUCCCCGCAGCAGGAGGAAGAGACAGGCGUGACCAAUGGCUUUGGAAAACACACUGAAAGCGGGUCUGACUCGGAAUGUAGUUUGGGUCUCAGUGGUGGACUGGCAUUUGAAGCUUGCAGUGGUCUAACGCCCCCCAAACGCAGUCGUGGGAAGCCAGCCCUGUCUCGAGUGCCCUUCCUGGAAGGUGUGAACGGAGACACCGACUACAGUGGUUCAGGCAGAAGCCUCCUGAUGCCCUUUGAAGACCGCGGAGACCUGGAGCCCCUGGAGCUGGUGUGGGCCAAGUGCCGAGGCUACCCCUCCUACCCUGCCUUGAUCAUCGAUCCCAAGAUGCCCCGGGAGGGUCUCCUGCACAAUGGUGUCCCCAUCCCUGUCCCCCCGCUGGACGUGCUGAAGCUGGGAGAGCAGAAACAGGCAGAGGCUGGAGAGAAGCUCUUCCUUGUCCUCUUCUUUGACAACAAGCGCACCUGGCAGUGGCUUCCAAGGGACAAAGUUCUUCCCUUGGGUGUAGAAGAUACUGUGGACAAGCUCAAGAUGCUGGAAGGCCGCAAGACCAGCAUCCGCAAGUCAGUGCAGGUGGCCUAUGACCGUGCAAUGAUCCACCUGAGCCGAGUCCGGGGACCCCACUCCUUCGUCACCUCCAGCUACCUGUAAGGAUGAGGCUGGGUUUGCUUCUGGCUGCCCUGCCUGCCUCCGUCCCAUGGGGCACAGAGAAGCCUCUUCUGCCCAGCCAGAUGUAUGGCCGGCAGUUCCCACUCAUGGCAGGCCAGGGAUUGGACUGUGUCCUCACUUAGGGCAAGGCCUCAGUUUUGACCAAUAACAUGGUUUCCCUGGAGGGCCUGCUGUGUGCCAAAAACUCCCACCUGAGGUCCAUCAGGGCCAUUCCACUGAAGAACCACUUAGAAGUAGAAACAGCUGUGGGGCUUGGGCCCAACAAGGAGAUGGACCUGGCCCAGAAGGCGAGAGGUGCUAGGCUCCUUCUCAAGGGGCUGCCUGGCUCCUCCAGCCCCUUCCCAGCUAACUACACCUCAGGGCAGGCGAGGUUCUGACACUGAUCCCAGAGAUGCUGUGGAUGCGCCAGGGUCCCUUGGGGAAUCCCACUGAGCUCCCCUUCUCCCCCUCGCCAACCCAUUCUCAACCUAUCUUGUCUUCACCCUCUUUCCCUGUUCCUUUCCUUCCUUUCUCUCUUGUGCCAAACUGACAGAAACAUCACCAAACUUGUCUUUUUCUUUAAAGUCUCAUUCCCUUCCUGGCCGGCUGCUAUGCUGGGUGGAUGUCUCUGCCAGGCCCCUCAGGGUCCAGGCAGGGGCCAGCCCACCCGUGAGAACCCCACCCACCAGCACACCUCCCCAUCCCACUGACCUCUGCUGCUGCUAAUAGGGCUGAGCCUGGCCAUCUGAGCAUGCCCCAGGGUGAAGUGGCCCUCUUACCCUCUCCCUGUCUUGCUGUGUCAUGGGCCCAGGCUGGAGUGGGCCCCUAUCAGCAGACCAGGCUGAUUGUGAGAGUAUCCAUCUGUCCCCUGAGAUGCCAUGGGCAGUUGGGAUGGAGCGGUGCCCAUCAGCUGGGUGUGCCCUCUCCCUCCUCCCCUCUCAUGGGCUUUUUUGUUCUGUAACUGCAGCCUUAAAGCUCUCCACCACCGUGGACAGCAUGGCGCUGCCUUCGCACAUCCCCCUGCCUGCACUCUGCCCCAUGGUUCUGCCCCAUGGCUCUGCUGCUCCCUCCUCCCAAACCAGGGAACAUAGCCCUUGAAUUUCAUCCCCUGUCUCCUUCCCUCUUUCUCUUCAACCUCCUCUCCACCACCUUCCCAAAAAAUGGAAGGGAAAAAACAAUACAAAACUGUGAAUGGGGAAUGCUGACUGACAAACCAACGCAGCUUUCAGAGGCUUCUAUGUUUGUUCUCUGGACAUUUCUUUUUUCCUCCUCUUAAACACCAAAGUCGCAGGCCAGCUUGCAGGCCACUGACCGCCAUGUUGAUUUUUAACUUGACGUUCUUUUUAAUUGUUUUAAAUUUUUCAUAGGGGAGUUUUGGACAAAACAAAGUCACUGGGGAGAUCACUGCCAUUUGUACACACUCAACUUUUUAAAAAUACAGCCAACCACACACUGACUUCUUAUACAUUUGGGACAUGAGCCAGAGUUUAAAAGGGAACCAACUAAACUCAAUAACAUAAAGGAUGGGAUUUUGGAUUUUGUACAAUAAAAACAAAAAAACAAAAAACAAUUCAGCAUAUGGCUAGGGAAGGACAUGGUGUAUAUAAUUGUAAAAUACUGUUCUAAAUUAUUCAGGCCUAUACUGUCCAUUACUGGAGUCCUCCAUUGUGUGGCCACACAGUGUGGUUUAUUUAAAGGAGCCUACGCGUCCCCUCUCCCCGGGUAGUUGGUCAACUGUGGACUCUGUGACCUUUGUCUAAACCUGUGUUGUAAGAUCUUGGAGCUCUCUCCCCACUCCCCCACUCCAUGUCUGUCUCUCUCUUCUCUUCCCCUAGCACUUUCUUUUCUUAGUCUAUUUUUCAACCUCUGAAUCCUUCAGUCUCUCUCUGAGUCUCAUUUUUAAAAAUGCUCUUUUAGAACGCGAAACGGCUCAGAUCCUGCUGUGGCAUGGGGCCUGUGUGUCUCUGUCGCGUCUGCUGUGAAGCACAUGAUGCUCUAUUUAUUGUAGAAAGUGACUUUAUUUGCUUUCUAGAAUUGUUUAUAACAGAUGGUAUAAGAGAGGUAAUAAACAGAGAAAAUCUAUGCCUGUAAAGAAUACAAAAGUUAAUUUUACCUACUAUAAUAUGACUGUCGGAAACUUAUUUUCUCUCUGAGAAAUAAAUGUUCUAAUGGGCAGCAA